UACUUCUGGCGCGCGCCGGUUGCUGUUUCUUCUCUGGCUUGGGGACCGGCGGCGGCAGCGGCGGCGGCGUAGGGGUGAGUUCCGACUGGGCGGACCAGGUGUGGGAGCGCGACGAGAACUGCACAUCCAGGUCUUUCUUCCGAGCAGGCCUCGGAGCGGGGCGGACCUGGGCCCAGGGGCGAGCGACACCCUCGCUUCCGCGGACAGUCUCAUCCCGGACGGAACUUUGGGUGGUGGAGGCGGCGGGUCCAAACGCUGUCUGGAGCCAACGUCUGCCAGGCCGAACCUCAAGUGUGCAGGGCUGAACCCGAGGAAAUAGCCCAGUGCCCGGGUCAGGUGGCCUUGUUCGCGAGCACAUCUCGGAGCGUCUCCCCGGUCUCAAGGUGCAGCUGUCCAGUGUGCUAGUGGCUUCCCAUAGUCCAAGUGGUCUUCCUAGCAGAUUCUGACAGUAAAAGCAGUGUUUGAUGAGUGGCAGGUCCUGAGUUAAGAGCCUUUAAACGGAUGAUCUUUAAUCCGCGAUCGAUCCUAUCACUGUUUUAACUCAAAUGGGUGAUGAAAAGGACUCUUGGAAAGUGAAAACUUUAGAUGAAAUUCUUCAGGAAAAGAAACGAAGGAAGGAACAAGAGGAGAAAGCAGAGAUAAAACGCUUAAAAAACUCUGAUGACCGCGAUUCCAAGCGGGACUCCCUUGAGGAGGGGGAGCUGAGAGACCACCGCAUGGAGAUCACCAUAAGGAACUCCCCGUACAGAAGAGAAGACUCCAUGGAAGACAGAGGAGAAGAAGGUGAUUCUUUGGCCAUCAAACCACCCCAGCAAAUGUCUCGGAAAGAAAAAGCUCAUCACAGAAAAGAUGAAAAGAGAAAAGAGAAACGUAGGCAUCGUAGCCAUUCAGCAGAAGGGGGGAAGCAUGCUAGAGUGAAAGAAAGAGAGCACGAACGUCGGAAACGACAUGGAGAAGAACAGGAUAAAGCUUGCCGGGAAUGGGAAAGACAGAAGAGAAGGGAGAUGGCAAGGGAGCAUUCCAGGAGAGAAAGGGACCGCUUGGAGCAGUUAGAAAGGAAGCGGGAGCGCAAGAUGCGGGAGCAGAAGGAGCGCGAGCGGCGGGCGGAGGAGCGGCGCAAGGAGCGAGAGGCCCGCAGGGAAGUGUCUGCACAUCACCGAACGAUGAGAGAGGACUACAGCGACAAAGUGAAAGCCAGCCACUGGAGUCGCAGCCCGCCUCGGCCGCCGCGGGAGUGGUUCGAGUUGGGAGACAGCCGGAAGCCAGUAAAAGAAGAGAAAAUGGAAGAAAGAGACCUGCUGUCCGACUUACAGGACAUCAGCGACAGCGAGAGGAAGACCAGCUCGGCCGAGUCCUCGUCAGCGGAGUCAGGCUCAGGUUCUGAGGAGGAAGAGGAGGAGGAGGAAGAGGAGGAGGAGGAAGGGAGCACCAGUGAAGAAUCAGAGGAGGAGGAGGAGGAAGAGGAAGAGGAGGAGGAAGAGACCGGCAGCAACUCUGAGGAGGCGUCAGAGCAGUCUGCCGAAGAAGUAAGUGAGGAAGAAAUGAGUGAAGAUGAAGAACGAGAAAAUGAAAACCACCUCUUGGUUGUUCCAGAGUCACAGUUCGACCGAGAUUCCGGGGAGAGUGAAGAAGCAGAGGAAGAAGUGGGUGAGGGUACGCCGCAGAGCAGCGCCCUGACAGAGGGCGACUAUGUGCCCGACUCCCCCGCCCUGUCGCCCAUCGAGCUCAAGCAGGAGCUGCCCAAGUACCUGCCGGCCCUGCAGGGCUGCCGGAGCGUCGAGGAGUUUCAGUGCCUGAACAGGAUCGAGGAGGGCACCUAUGGAGUGGUCUACAGAGCAAAAGACAAGAAAACAGAUGAAAUUGUGGCUCUAAAGCGGCUGAAGAUGGAGAAGGAGAAGGAGGGCUUCCCGAUCACGUCGCUGAGGGAGAUCAACACCAUCCUCAAGGCCCAGCAUCCCAACAUCGUCACCGUUAGAGAGAUCGUGGUGGGCAGCAACAUGGACAAGAUCUACAUCGUGAUGAACUACGUGGAGCACGACCUCAAGAGCCUCAUGGAGACUAUGAAACAGCCCUUCCUGCCAGGGGAGGUGAAGACCCUGAUGAUCCAGCUGCUGCGGGGGGUGAAGCACCUGCACGACAACUGGAUCCUGCACCGUGACCUCAAGACGUCCAACCUGCUGCUGAGCCACGCCGGCAUCCUCAAGGUGGGUGACUUCGGGCUGGCACGGGAGUACGGAUCCCCUCUGAAGGCCUACACCCCAGUCGUGGUGACCCAGUGGUACCGCGCCCCAGAGCUGCUGCUUGGUGCCAAGGAAUACUCCACAGCUGUGGACAUGUGGUCAGUGGGCUGCAUCUUCGGGGAGCUGCUGACUCAGAAGCCUCUGUUCCCUGGGAAUUCGGAAAUCGAUCAGAUCAACGAAGUGUUCAAGGAGCUGGGGACCCCCAGUGAGAAAAUCUGGCCUGGCUACAGUGAGCUCCCAGCAGUGAAGAAGAUGACCUUCAGCGAGCACCCCUACAACAACCUCCGCAAGCGCUUCGGGGCUCUGCUGUCAGACCAGGGCUUCGACCUCAUGAACAAGUUCCUGACCUACUUCCCCGGGAGGAGGAUCAGCGCGGAGGACGGCCUCAAGCACGAGUAUUUCCGCGAGACCCCCCUGCCCAUCGACCCCUCCAUGUUCCCCACGUGGCCCGCCAAGAGUGAGCAGCAGCGUGUGAAGCGGGGCACCAGCCCAAGGCCCCCUGAGGGAGGCCUGGGCUACAGCCAGCUGGGCGACGACGACCUGAAGGAGACGGGCUUCCACCUUACCACCACGAACCAGGGGGCCUCCGCCGCGGGCCCCGGCUUCAGCCUCAAGUUCUGAAGGUCGGAGUGGACCCGUCAUGGGGCGAACUCAGCCGGGACCGCAGGCGCGGCUACUGCGGCUGGAGCUGCGAUGAGACUCGGAACUCCUCGUCUUACUUUGUGCUCCAUGUUCUGUUUUUGUAUUUUGGUUUGUAAAUUUGUAGAAUUAAAUCUUUUUCCUUGUUGUGGAGGAAAGAGCUGUGUUGUCUCUGUGACUUGCCCAGGGAGGAGAGGGUCGGCAUUUGUGGGUGCCCACGUGGGGCAGCACAAACCUCCACACACCCUCUCCCACUCUCGACAUGCACGGGGCUGGCUGGGCCGUGAUUUGGAAAGGAACUGGUGGGGGCCGGGUCGAUGGUUUAAUCUUUGGAGCUGGAGACCUGUUUCUGUGUUGGGAUGAGCGAUGCCUUCUUGCCCCAACCUGCUCGUCCAGACCAGCCCUGUCCACACAGGCCCCCGGCCCCCAACCCCCAGCUCCAGGUGUGCCAGCAGACUCAGCAGGUUUUUAUACAAGGUUGUUAUGAGCUUUAAAAUGUAUUAAAAUAUUCUUCGAGGAAA